AUGAAGAUGCUAGCUUUAAAAUACUCCCAUCACCACCCCGCUCAUUCAAUGAUCUUAAGCACCAAAGACGAUGCUUGGAAAGAUUACUUUUCGCCCCAAGAACUCCAUCAAAUCAACACGCUGAGCCCUAUCGAACUUCCAUCGCUACCUGCUUCCCUCAAGGAAUACUUUUUGUCGUAUCAAGGAAAGAAAACAUUGGAUCAGCUUUUGGAGCAUCGCAAACGACACGACUUCGAUCCAAGAACCCAACCUGACUUGUAUUGGGCUCAGAAGUCGAUUAUCCAUGCAACAGAUCUUUUUUUGUACCAGCAAUUACCUGCGACCUAUGAUACUGAAAGUGAUCUCAUACAUAAAAAAUGGGGGUUUGUGCAGUCCUGCUUUUAUGAAUCGAGAUUCCGUGCCCAAAGUGGAGAAAAGUCCAGCAUUAGUUCCUCAAUAAGAAAAAAUUCAAACCGAUCUACCAAUGAAGAAGGUCAACUCAACAGGAAAGUGGUUGGCACAAAAGUUGACCUUAUCAUCAAGCAAGGAAACUUAGAAUAUGGUUGCAUGGAAGCUGGUUGUUCAGACGAUCCAUUGAACACCAAAGGCGUAGACGAGGGUAGAUUGAAACUUCCAAGGACUUUGAAGGAUAUUUUGUGUCGUUUGACGAAGGAGGCACCGGGAAAAAUGAACGAUAUCAAGGUUGCAGGUUUGAUCAUUUCUGGUAAAUAUAUUAUUUAGUAGUCAUACUGUUGAUACCCCAAGAAUUAUCCCUCCAAUAAAAUCUG